AUGCUGCACGCACCCAAGCUCAAAGUGCGAAUGUACACCCCGCCGUUCUGGGUGUUUCCUACGUCGAAGUUGGAGUAUCAAGAAAUCGAAGCCACGAAAGCUGCCAACGGACAACUCGGUCCAUCAGGCGGGGUAUAUGGAGCAAUGGCGCGAACUGCAAUCUCGGAGGAUAUUUCUACCAUCCUGGAUGCCCGCGACAAGGCACGCCUCAAACGAAGCAACGACGCGGCUGCACGAAUUGCCGAAUGUGCUAGCUGGAUCAUUAUGCAUGCUCGAGACAUCGAGUGGAACCCCAAGCAGCUUAACCGCAUGACGAAGUUGAUGGCACCAGUAGAAACAUAUCGAAAAGACAUCAUUCGAAGCGUCAACAAAAGCGCGAGUUGA